AUGGCGCACGUAUGCAGGCAGAUCACCGGCAGCGUGGCCAGCUGCACGGGCUGGGUCGGGGUCAUCAUCGCCACGGCCACCAACGACUGGGUCCGGACCUGCGACUACACGGUGGCCACCUGCAUCCGCAUGGACGAGCUGGGCUCCCGGGGCCUCUGGGCCGAGUGCGUCAUCUCUCCGGCGCUGUACCACUGUGUGGCCCUCAAUCAGAUCCUCACUCUGCCCGCCUACAUUCAGACGUCCCGUGCUCUGAUGGUCUGUGCUUGUCUGCUGGGCCUUCCUGCGAUGCUGCUGAUGCUCAUGGGGUUGCCCUUCGUCCGCCUGCAGCACGACACCUCUGCCAUCAAGCUGCGCCGAGCCCGAGUGGGAGGCGUCCUCAUACUCCUCAUGGCUGUUUGUGGCAUCGUGUCGACAGUCUGGUUCCCGAUCGGCGUCCACCAAGCCGAGGGUCUGAUGUCCUUCGGCUUCUCUCUGUACGCCGGCUGGGUCGGCUCCGCUCUCUGUCUCCUCGGUGGCACCUUGAGUCUGUGUUCCCAAGGCGGUGACCCCGGGACCCCGAGCAGAGAGAACAGCUUUUACUACUCCAGACAGCGAGGCACGGCCAUGCCUACACCCUUCGACCCGCCCGCCAACCAUGCCAAGAGCGCCUUGGUGUGA